ACCUUCUCCUCUAGUUUAAUUUCAUUGCAAUACUGAGAAACUUCAACUGUUUUGUCUUUAGAAGGGAAAUUCAUGUUUGUGCCAGGCCAGCCUUUGUAAAAGCCUUUGACUGGAUUCACUAGAAGUCUGUCUUCCCGCAGUGCAUAUACUGUGAAUUUUCUGCUUCGGCAUUUCAACCACUUGGAAUGGCCACUAAAGUCUUGAGUUCUGGAACCUCUGGAUUUGAUCUAAAGUAAACUCUGAUUCUGUGUUGAUGGGGAACCAUUUCUCUCUAACAUGGUGGUUUCUUUAAGAUGUUUGACUUGGGCCACAUGAGAAUAACAGAUCUUUGGGCAGUCCAAGCAAGAGCCUCCUGAUCUAGCAGGCAAGACUCCCCCUGACCUUUGGCCAUGUACCCCAACCGUCUCAUCUAUUGCACCUGCUGGGACCCCUGGAACUUGGGACCACGGAAGCUAAUCAAGACCCCUCAACUACCACGCAAGAACUCCACAGGGAGUUCCAAGCUAACUCCUCUUCUACCAGCUCCAAAAAAUCACAAUUACCUCCAACCAACAAAACCUGUUGUUUCCCCAAAAAUGAAAAUCCAUUCAGCAAGGCAAGAAGAGACCAAUAAAUCAUUUUAUAUCCUGGGAGGAGGUGCUGUUAUUAUUGCACAUUAUGCACGGCAGGAAGUGAUCAACGUGUCACCUGGCUAUCAACUUGUUCGGAAUCGGGAACAGAUUUCUGUCACCUUAGGGGAUGAGAUGUUUGAUAGGAAAAAGCGGUGGGAAUCGGAGAUCCCGGACAAAGGCAGAUUUUCCAGGACCAACAUCAUUUCUGACCUAGAAGAGCAAAUCUCAGAGCUGACAGCAAUAAUUGAACAAAUGAACAGAGACCACCAGUCUGCCCAGAAAUUGCUCUCCAGUGAAAUGGAUCUCCGCUGUGCUGAGAUGAAACAGAACUUUGAAAACAAGAACAGGGAGCUCAAAGAGGCCCAUGAAGCAGAACUCAGUGAGUUGGAGAACAACUACAAAGCAGCCUUGAAGGCAGAGAAGUUGACUGCCCAAGAGAAGCUAGAGGAGAUGGGAAAAGAAUACAAGUAUUUGAAGAAUAUGUUUCGUACGUAUCAGGACAGUAUUUAUGAUGAAAUGGAAGAGAAGUGGUCAAAACAGAAGGCGAAAUGGAAGAAGGAUGAGAAGUUCGAGCGAGAAAAUAUCCUGCUACAGCAAAAAAAAAAGAUGACCAAAAAAUUCGAAUUGGAGUCAGGAGAAGAAGAUAAGAAAAUAAAUGAAUCCUGCAGUGCUGUCUUUGAGAACUUCAUUCAAGAGAAGGAGGAGCUCUUGAAACAACAUCAAAGUGACACCUUGCAAUUAGAAGAGCUGAGAAAAACCAAAGAGGUCAUGGAGGAAGAAUUGCAUGCACAAGCCCUUAUCCUAGAGUCACUGAACACAAACCUCUACUAUACCCAGUUGGAACUCCAGAAAGAGAAAGCUAUAGUGGGAAAUCUGGAGAAAAUGCUUCAAACCAAGUUUGCUGAAGCUGAAGAAAAGUAUAAGCACACCAUACAGAUCCUGACGGAAGAGAACAUUCAUCUGAAGCAAAAGAUAAUUUCUAAGAAUGAAGAAAUUUAUGAAGGAUGUUCUGGGAGAUUGGCCUCUAUUACUGUUUCUAAGGAUGAUUCUGACACUGUGCAAGAUGGUAGCAAGAAAGGACAAGAAUCAUAAACAAAAAGUUGCUCUGCAUUGUUGAAGAUGGUUGGCACACCAUUUCUGUAGGCCCAGGAAACUCCUGGGAGGGUUUUCUUGAGAAAAUGCAUAUAAUGAGUUUAGUUCUUGGGUUGCUCUGACUCUCUGAAUGGCUGAAAAUGUUUGAAUUCUCAUCUGAAUUUCACAGCUUAUCAUGGACUCUUCAUUGAAAAAUGAUGCUCUCCAUACUGGGAGCUGAGCUUUCUCUGAGUUUUGUACUAUUUUUCUUCUACCUUUACUAUUUCAUUAGAAAGAAACUGAUUUGAAGGCCUUCUUCCUAUUGAACUUUUACUAUAUUUGGGAGGUGUACCUUUGUCCCCUGGGGCAUUUAGGUAGCAAAAAAAGAUGAUGUGUUGAUUUUACUCUAAAAUAUUUUUCUCUCACACCCAUGCCCCCUACUUCCCUACCCCUCAAUCAUGUUCCCUAACCUAUGACUUAGGAAGGGUUUCUGAUGAUUCUUACCACCUCCUCUGGACCAUCACCAGAAUUCAGACACCCACAGGGCAGGCAACAUAAAUAAGUGAAGUGGGCUAGACAUAAGGAAAACAAUUGCCCAAGCACAGUGAUAAGUGGCAACCAACAGCAGCCUCAGUAGAGGGGCUUGGGCAGGGCUGGGGCACAGCGGGUGGGGAAGAGUGACCCACAGAGCACUGUCCCAUCUGAAGAAGGUGCUUCUCAGACCUUUGCCAUGCAAAAGCAUGAGGUCAAUAUUGUCAGAUAGUAUGAUUUUUUAAAAGAAGUUAUUCUGGUUUUUAUGUGCUAUCUCCUAAUUUUUAAACAUUGACAACAAAUUUUAAAAAUACAACUGUGUGUGCCGAUCAUGGGCGACUCAAGUAGAACAUGUCUGUAGUCCAGAUGUUUUCCACCUGUGAGAUGUCAUUGGCAGAAACCAAAACCAAACACAAAAAAUCUCCAAGGAGCAAUAAGAUCAAAUUAUAUUUUAUUCUAUUAAAAAAUGUUUUUGAAAAAAGAUACUUAAAUUUUAAAGAUAACUUAAUUCCUAAUGAUUUGAAAUAAUCCAAGCAGAGAUGAAAGAGCAAAUGCAAAUGCAUAAAAAGACCCCAGAGCAUUGUUAGCAAAAAGCAAAUAUAGUUAGCCAAGCAUAUAUACAUCAUAAAAGCAAUAAGAAGGCAUAAAGCAAGUUUGGGGAGAGCUUAUUUAAAACUUGUAAAAUAAUUUGAAUUUUUAAAAGAUUUCAAACAAAUUUUGUUUUAUUAAAAAAAAAAAUUUUUUUGAGAUGGGGUCUUGUUCUGUCACCCAAGCUUGAGUGCAGUGGUGUGAACAUGGCUCACUGCAGCCUUGACCUCUUGGGUUCAAGCAAUCCUCCCACCUCAACCUCCCAAAGUGCUGGGAUUAUAGACAUGAGCCACCAUAUGUGGCUAUUUUCUAAUUUUUUAAAUGUGGUAGUGUGGAAUUUAGCUUCCAGAGAGAAUUAAAGUUAAUAGAAUAUUAACAGUGGGCUUAUAGUUGAUAGAUAACAAUCUGAAUCAUAAGCCCUCUAUAUUCAUAGCUGGAUUUUGUAUGUGUCUGGUAUUUAUUGCCACCAGCUAAAAACAUUCCCAAAGCCUUAAGCAUAAGAGAAAGGAGACAGUGUUGUUAUUAUUGUUAAUAUCCUAUUUAACUUUAGCUCUUAUAAAAAAGUGCAAAACAAUUAAUAAAGUAGAAAAUCUAGAAAAUUAGUAAAUAAACAUAGUGUUAUAUAUCUACAUGGUACCAUCGGCCAGGCGCGGUGGUUCACGCCUGUAAUCCCAGCACUUUGGGAGGCCGAGGCGGGUGGAUCACGAGGUCAGAAGAUCAAGACCACCCUGGCUAACACAGUGAAACCCUGUCUCUACUAAAAAUAUUUUUUAAAAAUUAGCCAGGUGUGGUGGAGGGCCCCUGUAGUCCCAGCUACUCUGGAGGCUGAGGCAGGAGAAUGGCAUGAACCCGGGAGGCGGAGCUUGUGGUGAGCCGAGAUCACGCCACUGCACUCCAGCCUGGGCGACAGCGCGAGAUUCUGUCUCAAAAAACAAAACAAAACAAAACAAACAAAAUAGCACCAUCAAUCAGAAGGGAAGACAAGUUUUUUUCUUAGUGUGAAAGUAGGCUGAGGCAUCUGUUUCCCCAUGUUUUUCUUGUCAUCCUUGUUGCUUACUUCAUAGUUCACUUCAGUCAGGAUGGUGAGAAUAUCAUCGCCUCUGAAAUACAUCACAUAACAUUGUGACUGUCUGUGGGGGAAAGCAACUGAUGAACUGUCUCCUCUGCUGUGCUCAGAGAUAGUUCUGUAGUUCUUUCUCUCAAAAUAUCAGUCAUUUGAAACAAUAAGUUGCGAAACCAAGACCUACCCCAGCUUUCCUGGUAAAUGGGUUGUCUUGGAGCUUAAUAACUUACUUUUGGUUUAUUCAGGAACUCUUUUGACCAUCAGAAACCUCGGUGUCAGUAUUAGAGUUGGUUUCUUUCUCUCCUGACCUGUGUGUCUCUCACUCUUCUCCACGUUACUUGGCUCCCCAUUGCUUCAAUGCCCCCCAAUACUCUCUGCCUCGAAUUGACAUCGCAUCUGCGGAUUCAUCUUUGAUGCAAUUAAACUUAAGGCAAGUGAAAGUAUAACAUCUCCUGCAGCUGCUCCCACCUUCUUCUCACCAGGAUCUCUUAGCAUUUUUGUUAGGCAACCUCUUCUUCUACCUUGGUAGCUAGCCGCGGAAACCUUGCAGGAUUCAUGAUCUAAGUUACGAAAUCUAAGUUAGAUUCAUGAUCUAAGUUACGGGAAAUUCUCACUCUUCAUAUACUCAAAACAUGAAAUACAGGGCUAGAAGGAACCUGCUAUUUAUCUCCCACAAUGCACCAAGAGGUUUUGAGGAUGGUUUGCUAUUAUAGAACUUUUGACAGAGUUGGAGGAUGUUUAAACAUUGAAUUGGGUUACUGCCUUCUUGGAAGAUUUCCAAAACUAGUUGAAUUGGCUCAGUCAUGUUUUGGCCUAAAGACAGAGAGCUGGACUAUAUGACUUUCCCAUCCUUUCCUGCUCUGUGAUACCCUGAUUGUCCUUUGAGGUGCUGAAUAAAGGAAUAAAGCAUCUCAGCUUUUCCAUCUAUAAA